GCGGUUCCGGUGCUCCCGGGGCGGUUCCGGUGCUCCGGGGCGGUUCCGGCGUUCCCGGGCAGUUCCGGGCGGCUCGGGGCUGUCCCGGCGGUGGCGGUGCCAUGGCCAUGUCGGUGUUCGUGACGCGGCGGAUCCCGGCCGAGGGGCUGCGGGUGCUGUCCCAGGCCAGCGGGUGCCGCGUGCAGCAGUGGGACUCGGAGGAGCCGGUGCCGCGGGCCGAGCUGCUGGCGGGCGUGGCGGGGACCCGCGGGCUGCUCUGCCUGCUCUCGGACCGCAUCGACCGCGAGGUGCUGGACGCGGCCGGGCCCGGCCUGAAGGUGAUCAGCACGCUGUCCGUGGGCUUUGACCACCUGGCCCUGGACGAGAUCAAGAAGCGGGGCAUCCGCGUGGGCUACACCCCCGACGUGCUGACCGACGCCACGGCCGAGCUGUCGGUGGCCCUGCUGCUGUCGGCGUGCCGCCGGCUGCCCGAGGCUGCCGAGCAGGUCAGGAGCGGCGGCUGGACCACCUGGAAGCCGCUGUGGAUGUGCGGGUACGGCCUGUCCGACAGCACCGUGGGCAUCGUCGGGCUGGGCAGGAUCGGACAGGCGGUGGCCCGGCGCCUGCAGCCCUUCGGCGUCAGGAGGUUCCUGUACACCGGCAGCGGCCCCAAGCCCGAGAGCGCCGCCGAGUUUGGGGCUGAGUUUGUGCCCCUCGCCAGGCUGGCCGAGGAGUCGGACUUCGUGGUGGUCACCUGUGCCCUGACGCCGGCCACGCAGGGCAUGUGCGACAAGGAGUUCUUCGGCAGGAUGAAGAAAACCGCCGUGUUCGUCAACACCAGCAGGGGCGCUGUGGUGAACCAGGAGGAUCUGUACGAGGCUCUGGCCCAGGGCCGGAUCGCUGCCGCCGGGCUGGACGUCACCACGCCGGAGCCGCUGCCCACGGACCACCCGCUGCUGUCCCUCAGGAACUGCGUGAUCCUGCCGCACAUCGGGAGCGCCACGUACGCCACGCGCAGCACCAUGGCCGUGCUGGCUGCCAGGAACCUGCUGGCUGGGCUGCGAGGGGAGCCCAUGCCCCACGAGCUGAAGCUCUGAUGAUGGCCAGACCCCGUGGCCAGACCCUGAUUGCCAGACCCGAUGGCCAGACCCUGCUCCAGCAGCGCCGAGGGACGCCAGCCCGUGUCCCCUCCCCUGCGGUGGCCCCGAGCCAUUAAAGAGUGGCAGCCAA